UGACGACGAACUAACCACUCGUCGCCGCCACCAUGAUUUCCUCACUCCGCACAACACGCCUCGUCGCGCCACCACUGCGCUUCGCGUCCUCGUCGCGCGCGCUCUCGACCCUCGGUAUCCGCCGCGAAGACCCAGGAAGGGUAUGGGAGCGCCGCGCCCCCCUCACGCCUGAUGCGGUGCGCAAGCUCAACGAGAUCUCGGCGGUCGAGGUCGAGAGCUGCACGCGCCGGUGCUUCCCCGACUCGGCCUACGAGGCGGCCGGUGCCCGCAUCGUCCCCUCCCUCUCGCCCAAUGUCGACGUCGUGCUCGGCAUCAAGGAGCCGCGCGUCAACGACGUCAAGACCCUCAUCGGCUCCAAGGCUGACAAGCACCGCACCUGGAUGAUGUUCUCGCACACCCACAAGGGACAGCCUUACAACACCGGCCUGUUGUCGUCGUUUUUGGCACCCACCACGGGCCAGACAUUGAUUGACCACGAGCUGCUCACCGCCCCGACAGACAAGGGCGGCCUGGCCCGUGUCGCGGCGUUCGGAUGGUACGCCGGUGCUGUUGGCGCCGGCGAGGCGCUGAGCCUGCUUGGCUUGGCGCUCCUCAAGCGCGGAAUCGCCCACCCCUUCCUCCACCUCCCCCGUCCGUACACCUUCGACUCUCUCGCCGACUUCAAGAAGGCGCUCAACGCGGCCGGCGACCAGAUCCGCAAGGGCAACGGCGCGGGCUCGCAGGGUCCCAUCGUCAUCGGCCUCACUGGCGCCGGCAAUGUCUCCACCGGCGCCAAGGAGAUGCUGGACGCGCUCGGCGUCCAGUGGGUCAGCCACGAGGAGCUCCCGACGCUCAAGGACGGCCCCGUCAUCUACGCCACCCAGCUCCCCGGCUCGGCCUACUUCCAGCGCAAGGGCGACGGAGGCUACGACCGCUCCGAGUACUUUGACUCGCCGGACAAGUACACGUCCGUGUUCGCCGAGACGGUCGCGCCAUACCUCACCUGCCUCAUCCACGGUGCCGGCUGGUCGGCCGCCUACCCCCGCAUCCUUACCAACCUGCAGACGGACGCCAUGAUCCGCAAGGCGGGCGGUGCCGGCCUCCAGAAGCUCGCGGCGGUCCAGGACGUCUCGUGCGACAUUGGCGGUGCGCUCGAGUUCAUGACCCGCUCCACGACCAUCGACGAGCCCUCGUUCGAGGGCCCAGGCGGCAUGCUCAUCGGCUCGACCGACAUCCUCCCUACCGAGCUGCCGGCCGACGCGUCCGGCCACUUCUCCAAGCACCUGUACCCUUACGUCGAGCGCGCCCUCCUGCACGCCGACGGCAAGGCGUUCAACGGCGACCAGAUCGACGCGACCCUCCAGCGCGGACAGAUUGUCUCCGAGGGCGUCCUCCAGAAGCCGUACGAGUGGCUCGGUAACAACGUCGCCGCAUGGCGUGCGGCUCAGCCCCAGGCUGCCGCUGCCGCCCCCGUGGCGCCGAUCUCGGCCCUCGCCGCCGGCUCGUCGAGCGGCUUUGGCGCCGCGUCGCAGCAGCGCGCGUCGUCGACCAUCGCUGGUCGCGGGGAGAAGAAGCGCGUCCUCCUUCUUGGUUCCGGCCUCGUUGCCGGCCCCGCCGUCGACGUCUUCCUCUCGCGCCCUGGCAUUGAGCUCGUGAUCGCCAGCAACAACAUCCAGGAGGCCAACGGCCUCGCCCGCGGCCGCGACCACGUCAAGACUGCGCUCCUCGACGUGUCGGACGACAAGGCGCUCGGCGAGGCCGUUUCCAACGCCGACGUCGUCGUCUCCCUCCUCCCCGCGCCGAUGCACCCUGCCGUCGCGAAGCACUGUAUCGCCCACGGCCGCCACCUCGUCACUGCGUCCUACGUGUCGCCUGAGAUGAAGGAGCUCAACGACGAGGCCGAGAAGCGCGGCGUGCUCCUCCUCGGCGAGUGCGGCCUCGAUCCCGGAAUCGACUCGAUGGCCGCCAUGCGCAUCCUCGAGCGCGUCAAGAAGGAGGGCAAGAAGGUGACUUCGUUCGUGUCCUGGUGUGGCGGCCUCCCCGAGCCAAGCGCCACGACCGUGCCCCUCGCCUACAAGUUCUCGUGGAGCCCCAAGGCGGUACUUACCGCCGCGCUCAAUGACGCCCACUACAAGCUCGACGGCAAGGUGACCCAGGUCGCUGGCGACAACUUGCUUGCGCAGCACUUCCCCAAGGUCAACCUCUGGCCCGGGCUCGCGCUCGAGGGUCUCGCGAACCGCGACUCGAUGCCCUACGCCGAGAAGUACGGCCUCCCUCCCGCGAGCGAGCUCAAGGACCUGUUCCGCGGCACGCUCCGCUACCAGGGCUUCUCUACGCUCCUCGACUCGUUCCGCCGCCUCGGCCUCCUCGGCAAGAACCCCCUCGCUUCGCCCGUCGAGUCGUGGCAGGGCUUCCUCGCCGCGUCGGUGAGCCAGCAGCUCGGCGCGACCGUCAAGGAGCGCGACCUCCUCCCUGCCGUCAAGGACAUCCUCGGCGCCAAGUCGUACGAGGAGGCGGUUAUGGCUCUCGAGUGGUUCUCGCUCCUCCCGCCCAACAUCACCAACCCGCCCGUUGCCGCCCCCGCCGUGCCCAAGCAGAACACGCCGAUCGACCUCUUCGCCACGCUUCUGGCCAAGAAGCUGGCGUACGCCCCCGGCGAGCACGACACGUGUCUCCUGCACCACGCGUUCAAGCUCGUGCCCGACAACGCACCGGUCGGCACCCCCGAGCAGACGGUCACCGCGUCGCUGCUGUGCACGGGUGACGAGAAGGCGUCGGCCAUGUCCACGACCGUGGGCUGCACCCUCGCCUUUGCCGCCCUCCGCGUGGCCGAGGGCAAGGUCGCCGCGCGCGGGGUUCGUGGCCCGUACGAGCGCGAUGUUUGGGAGGGCGUCCUGACCGACCUCGAGGAGAUUGGCGUCGACGUCAAGGAGACGUGGGCAUAAGUGUAUAGAGUAGGGGUAGGAGCAGGUAGUAGUAGCAAACAGCAGCAGCAGUAGCAGUAGACCAUUGGCAUGUGCGCCGCGGGAGCGAGCGUCGGAUUCUUCAUGUAUAGCAUUGAGCAAGU